AAUUCAACUAAAAUUAUGUCUAACCAUAAUUCUACGACCCAGGAAGAAGAAGAUAUCUUAAAGCUUCUGCGACCGUCUCGAUCUCAAAGUAUAGAAGCUACAAACAAAGAACGAGACUAUGGUGCGUCUCUCCGUGAGUACUCAAAGUUCUCUGUUUCUGUUUCCCAACUUUUCGAUAGUACCUCGUUGAAUAAUAUCGUCGAGGCGGUGGAGAGAGAGCCACCAAUAUCUCAAGAGGAACAACUUCGCCGGCUAAGAAUUCGUGCCGGUUUGAUUGGUAGCAAUCUGCCUGACUACUAUACUCAAUCUUAUCAGCAUCAACAGAACAAAGCGAAUCAAAAUCAUAUAUCAUUUACUGGCUCUAUGCCCGCUCUUAAUAUUCAAUCUCUUCCUAAACCUGGGAAUAUGUUUGGAUCCUUCAUUUCAAAAGCACAGAAUGCUGCUUCAGGCUUGAUGAAACAGGUAAACGUAGUUGCGGAAGCCGCCAAACAAGUUGUGUCCGAUGCACAGGCAAUGAUUGUGGUUGAAGAGAAGCCCCAACAGUCACAACUUCAACGGCAGUUUUCAACCAAAGAACACUCAAGCCAGGGUGGUUUAUAUCAUCCAGAGUCAAACUUACCUGAAUUGACUCCUCCAGCACCAGAUGAAGUGAAGGGAAAUAGCGAACACUUCUCCGAAUUUGUUGAUGAAGAUGAGAGCAGAGCCAAACGUAGGGCCUGGGGUCAAUUAUCUUCGACGGAGGAGAAUCAAAAUUACGACCAAGAAGGAUCGUUUGAAGACGAAGAGGAGGAGGAUGACGAUGACGACAGGGAUCGAUGGAUCAAGCCACAAUCACAUCAAGGAAGAGGUAGAAAUGAUAGAAUGACAGAAGCUGAAAUCAAUGAUGAGGAAGCAUGGUUGAGAUCCAGCAAUAGAGAUGAAAGGGCAGCUAUUCGGGCAAGAGAUGGAAUGCUAAUGGCAGCGGUUACAGGUAUUCAUGAUCCAAUGGUGAAUGGCCAGUCUUACUACGAAGAUGAAGAAGAUUAUAGUGAUCAAUACAAGGAUGAUUUGCCGCAUCAGAAUGAAGAAAGGAAUGGAGAGUUCACCUUGGAUGAAGAAGAGGAAGACGAAAUUAUGGCACACGUUAGAAGAAGGCACCAAAAACUCCAAGAUCUUUCAGAAGGUGAAGAUGACUUCCAGAGUGGCUACUCUGACGAGGAAGUAGGUGAUGAAGAGGUAGAGGAAGGCGAUGACGAUAACGAUGCUUAUUCCCACCAUCUCAAUCAACAUCGACGAUCACGCCAUAAUCGGUCCUUCGUAGCUAAUGAGGAUGAAGAAGAUCAAUGUGAAUGGGAUGAAGACCCAAUAGGAUCUAAUGAAGAAACAAGCAGCUGUGAAUACUACAAUAACAAACAAAACCACAAAAAGUCCCGGAACCGUGGCAAACAAGAUUCUUCAAUCUCCAACGAGGCAAUGCGGAUGGUGCCUCCUCCAGAAGACGAACCAGGUGAAAAACGCGGGGACCCGGUCAAUGAGGAAGUAGAACAGAAGCGAAAGAAACGUGAUGGUGAUACUAAUCACAGAAGCUCCCUUCUGCAAACCCGUUUGGAGUCCUUAAAACCAACGCCAGGUAUUGCAAUUGAUGCCAAGCAUCCACUCGCUAGAAAGCGUUGGUUCGAUGCAUUUGAUCAUGUUUGUAGACAACUUACUAAGAAAUAA